AUGCAAGUUUCAACUUAUGCAAACAAGAGAGGAUGCAUACGAUCAUCUGUUGUUACAACCAUUUCCCCUAGAUAUACUAUUUGGCUGCGUCAUGGUGAGAAGCCGGUUGAAGAGAGAUCUGGAUUGGGACGAGUAGAUGAAAAUAUGAUAUCCCAAGUAAAUCAAAUGCAUCAAAUGGUCAACGAGGCAUUCAAUUUCACGAUGCAACAUGGGAGUGAGGACAUCACAACAAUCGAACAUGCAGAAGAUGAUGAAGACGUGUUACCUUACUUAUAUGAAGGUCCAAGUCGCGUGGUGUGGGAUUUUAACGAUCUACUGUCAGAUGGAGAGCAGGAGUUAUAUCUCGGAUGCUCAAAGUACUCCAAAUUAUCAUUCUUAGUGAAACUUUAUCAUUUCAAGUGUAUGUGCAGUGUGAGUGACAAGGCAAUGUCCAUGAUUCUUGACUUACUGCAGGACGCAUUCGAACAAGAAAAACUUCCAAAGGCAGUGUAUGAAGCCAGGAAGACAAUAAGAAAGUUGGGUAUUGAAUAUAACAAGAUAGAUGCUUGUCCAAAUGAUUGUAUGCUGUAUCGAGGUGAUGAUGAGAACUUGACUAAGUGCAAGAAAUGUGAGUGUUCAAGAUGGAACAAGACAUCAAGUGAUAUGUUAUGGCAUAAACAGGCGUGUAAUAACGAUGGUUUCUUUAGGCAUCCAAUGGAUGCUGAAGCAUGGAAAAAGUUUGAUGCAAAGUAUACUAAUUUUUCGACGGAUCUGCGCAAUACAUCUUUCAUUCUAUCCACGCUUAUUCCUGGGCUGAAAAUGCCAGGUAACGACAUAGAUGUUUACUUGCAGCCUUUGAUAGAUGAGUUGAAGCAAUUAUGGGAUGGCAUUGAAACGUAUGAUGCCAAAGAGGGAAACACUUUCAAGAUGUGUGCGGUACUGAUGUGGACUAUCAGCGACUUUCUAGGAUUGGAAAACCUAUCUGGUUGGAAUACGCACAGUGUCAAAGGUAGAGAUCCACCAAAGAAGUUAUCCGGAACAGAUGUAUUGAGGCAACAGUCUAAUGUGCACCUUUCAUUUGGGAAGAGUUCAACUGUGACAUCCAAAAAAAGACGCAAUGGUCAGAAUGCGGAUGAAGAUGACUCGCAUUGGAAAAAGAAGAAUGUUUUCUUUGACCUCCCGUACUGGGAGGAUCAGAUGUUGCGUCAUAACCUCGAUGUGAUGCAUAUAGAAAAAAAUGUGUGUGAUAAUGUGGUCUUCACUAUCCUAAACGAUAGCGGCAAAUCAAAAGACAAUCUUAAAGCUCACAGAGAUUUACAAUGCAUGGGCAUAAGGCUUGAAUUAUGGCCGGGGAAAGGUGGUAAAUAUCCAGUCACAAUAUUUACGAUGUCAAAUUCACAGAGGGAUGUAUUCCUGAAGACUUUGCAGAAUGUGGUCUUUCCAGAUGGUUACUCUAGCAAUGUUGAUGUUGUAUUGAUUUGUGACAGCGCAAAUGGAAAUGAUUUUUUUCCAUCCUUCUUCACCGUCAUGGUUCACCUCACGGUGCAUCUUGUUGAUGAGGUUACUCUUGGUGGACCAGUACAUUAUCGGUGGAUAUAUUUGGAUAAUAUUGAGACUAGAAUCAACCGACCAGGGCGAGUUGAUGAUGAGCACGUUGAUGAUUUUCAUAAUUCAGGGGAAAGUAUGUUCCUAGCUAUUGGAAAGGCAUUAGGGGCUGUUUGGCAUUUCGAACUCACUCCAAUGGAAAAACAUCAAGCUCAUCGUCAUGUGCUAGUCAACUGCGUUGCCGUGGUUCCGUUUGUUGAGGAAAAGACAAAGCGAAGCUUGCGUCAUCAGACAAGGUCGCAAGCUAAGAUAGAUAGUGUCGUCCAUGCAGAAUUUCCUCGGUGGUUCAAACAUGAGGUUCCUAUGGAAAGUACACUUCAUUCGAAAGACUUGAAGUUGUUUGCGUGCGGUCCCAUGAUUCAGGCAAGACGUUUUGGGGCGUACAAUGUUAACGGAUACAAGUUUAGAACUAUCAUAAAGGAAAACAGGCUGAAAACACAAAAUAAUGGAGUAUAUGUAUCAUCUAAUACAAGAAGUUAUGCAAGUAUGUGUGAUAAUAGAGUGGUUGUUGGUGGUGUUCCGUAUUACGGAAAAAUUGUAGACAUAAUUGAAUUGAAUUAUAACUGUUCCUUCACAGUGGUAUUGUUCAAAUGUGUUUGGGCUGAUACCACUACCAGUAGAGGUAUCAAACAAGACCAUUUGGGGCUUACCAGCGUUAAUUUCUCUCGUCCGAUACACACUGGUAAUCGAGAAGAAGAUGAACCGUACAUAUUGGCAUCGGAAGCUCAGCUUGUAUACUAUGUGGAUGAUGAAGUAGCUAAGGAAUGGAGUGUUGUGGUUCUUGUGAAACCACGGGAUUUGUAUGACAUGGGAGAAGAGAAUGAAGAAGUUGAAGUUGGUUUUUCUCCACAGCCAGUUGAACAUGUCAGCGGAAGUUUCUUCUAUGUAUACUCAUUUUGUUAUGUUCAUGUUGAUAUUUCAAUCUUACCUGAAUAUUCUGGAGAAAUAGUUCCUGACAGUUUAGAUGGAGAAGAGUCUGAUUCAGAAGACAAUUUAGAUGAUAUCUCCUCUGUUGUAGUUGACAGAUCCAUGCAGUUUGAUCUCAAUAAGGUUUCGGAAGAAAACAAUGAAACUUUAGAAGACCAACAAAGACAAGAUGAUAUACAUGUUAAGAAAAUGUGCUUUGAUCUGAACAAAAGACCAUGGUAUGGAGAUGAAAUAUCAGAUCCUGUAAAACGUGAAGCCCAUAGAUUCUUGACAGAGUAUUUUUUGCGAGGUCAAUACGAUGUUGGAGAGAAAUUUUGA